AUGGUCCACGUCGACGUGAGCAAGGCCGAGGAGGUGGCCGAUACAGUGAUGGGGCUCAUUUUGGGGCUGCUCAAGCGCACGCACUCUCAGCUUCGGGGUGGCUCGGCUCCGUGCAACCGCUCUGCCGCGGAAUGCGGCGGUGCCGGGAUCUGCAUCUGGGCUAGCAGGAUCUUGGCAUUUAAGAUGAGCGUGCUAUCUUCCUUGAGAUUCCCAACUGCAGCCAGAAGAAUGGAUACACUUAACGAUUUGCUUGCUGCAAGUAAUCUCAUAUCACUACAUUGUGCCCUGACGAAUGAUACAAUGCAUAUCAUCAAUGCGGAUUGUUUGCAACAUAUAAAGUCUGGGGCAUUUCUUGUAAAUACUGGGAGCAGCCAACUACUAGAGGAUUGUGCUGUGAAGCAACUUUUGAUUGACGGCACACUCGUUGGCUGUGCUCUGGAUGGUGCUGAAAGACCACAAUGGAUGGAAGCAUGGGAUGCUGUGUCAGACGAGGAAGACGAGGUGGAACAAGAGGACAAGUACGAGAAUAAUAGCCCUGCACUGGCCUGCGAAACUUCAUUAAAAGAUUCAGUUGAUGAUAGACUGACUGAAGAAAUCCAGCUAGUAGCCAAAAGUUCUAAGGAGAGGCUCUCAAACCAGACAACGGGAAAUUCUUCCCAUAAUCAAGACUAUGUUUUGUCCCAAAGCACGUCAAACAGAUCUGAAACACAGCGUAGCAGGUUGAGUAAGAAGGCAAAAAAGAGGCACGGCUGCCAAAAAUCUCAGAAUAAAGCCGACAAUUUUGGAAAAGAGAGCACUUCGUACAGAGAGGAAGACGGGUGUCUGAGUGGCUGUGGUCAAGUGCUGAGUUCAAGUUCACAUUUUGCUUCUCCCGAUAAUUUAAGGUCCCGGAAAACGCCUGUUGAGUCAAGCACAGGGAAUAAGAAGAAAUCUGGCGAGGUGCUGAAGGAAGGUUAUAUUGUGGUUUUGCACGCGAGAGACGGACCUGACUUUCAGCUUCAUGUAUCAAAGCAAGGAGUUAAGGGAGGCGGUUGUUUCCUUGACAAAGUGUCAAAUGUUUCGAAAAGAUAUCCCAGCUGCGCAAUUUCUGGUUGUCUUCAGAAAUCGUUUACAGCUGGAGGAAAAUUGUUACAGAUGAAUAAGAGGAUGGAGUUUGUAUUUUCUAGUCAUAGUUUUGAUGUAUGGGAGAGUUGGACAAUUGAAGGUUCCUUUGACGAGUGCAGGUUGGUGAAUUGCAAAAAUCCUCUUGCAGCGUUGGACGUACGCAUUGAAAUUGUUGUUGCUGUUGAUGAAGAUGGUGUUACUCGUUGGCUCGAU